AGCACUUCCUCUCAGGUGACGCAGCGGCUUGUGACGGUGAGCCGCGCGGGCCGAUAUGGACUUACGCCAGCUCAUUUGUUUGGUUUUUCUGGCGAGUCUGAGAUAUUCCCAAGGUCAGACUUUGGGAUGCCAUCAAGGCCAGUGGCAGUGUGAUGAUGGAAACUGUAUCCCUGAUGUCUGGAGAUGUGACGGAGGUGGAGACUGCCUGGAUGGAUCAGAUGAAAUGGGUUGCACUGCACUCCCAGGCUCUCCUGACUGUCCGCCGGGACAGUUUCCUUGUGUGGACUCUGUCGGCUGUGUUGAUGCAUCGGCCCGCUGUGACGGAAAAAAACAGUGUCCCACUGGCUCUGAUGAGGAGAACUGUGCAGCAACAGAGGGCUGUUUGGACUCUGACUGGACCUGUCGGAACCACAUCUGCAUCCCCAAAGAGCUGCACUGCAAUGGACUGAAUGACUGCAUGGACAACUCUGAUGAAGAGAACUGUGGUCGGUGUGUUGCGGGUGGCAUCCGGUGUCCUGAUGGGACGUGUCUGACUGCUGAACAGAGGUGUGAUGGGACGGUUCACUGCUCAGAUGGAAGUGAUGAGCCACUAACCUGCGGUCGUAUUUGCUCCAUGAACAACGGCGGCUGUAGCCACGUGUGUGUCGAUGAACCCUGGGGAGCUCUGUGUGCCUGUCCUGUUGGAUAUAAACUCUCUCCCAAUGGAGCCGUCUGCAACGAUUUGGAUGAAUGUGCCCCUCCUUUUGCCCCAUGUAUGCAUCACUGCACUAACACCGUCGGAUCCUACUAUUGCCACUGCAGAGAAGGCUUCAAACUAAGUGGAGGCUCCACAUGUCUAGCUACAGGUAACAUUACCAGACUGCUAACAGUGCAGAGGAGAUCUAUUGGGCUGCUGAAUGUGAAGACUCAACAGUUUGAAGUUAUCCACACUCCAGUGCCCGACCCAGCGGCCUUGACUUUUGACGUUGCCCGAGGCUGGUACUACUUGGCUGACAACCAUGGCAGCAUUAUCAAAAGUGAUGGACGGAACAGCUGGACAAUCUUCACUGGGGAACCUGGAAUCAAGAGUCUAGCUUGUGAUUGGCUGAAUGGCAACCUGUUCUGGACCAAUCUGAAGACAGAGUCGAUCUACAUGCAGGGAGCUGAUGGCAAAAGUUACACGACAGUGCUGAGCAAACACAUCCGCCCAUCAGAGUUGGUGCUUGUGCCUGUGGAGAGCUUGAUGUUCUGGAUCAAUGCCGGCCAAGGUGACAGAGUGACGAUAGAGAAGUCAUGGAUGGAUGGGUCGGAGAGAAGCACUCUGAUUGUGCUCACUGCUCAGUCGGCCCACAGCCUCACUGCUGAUGUGGCUGCCAGGAGGCUUUACUGGAUCAGCGACCUCAAGAAAUCUAUAGAGACGGUGAAGAUGGACGGGACCGGUAUUCACUCCUUCACAGGACUGUUCAACAGGAGACCGGCUCUCGGCCUGGCUGUGUUUGAAAGUUCGUUCUAUUGGGUGGAUGACAAAGGUCUGUGGCAGGUUCCCCAGAACACACCAAACCAGAAGCAAUUUCUCUGGAAAGCCGCACUGCCGAUAUUGGCUGUUUACCACGAGCUACAGCAGCCUCAAGGUUCUUCUGCAUGUACAAAGAGUCCGUGUCACCUCUGCCAGCUAACUAAAGGCAACCCUGUCGGAUUCACCUGCGCUUGUCCAAACUCCAAAGUAUUGCUACUUGAUGGGACGUGUGAAUAUCCGAGGUUUAUAUACGCUACCAUCAACAACAUCAACCUGCUGGAGUUUAAAGGCAGAGAGUCCACAAAAGUCCAGCUGUUUUCCACUGACGAUGGCAUCCUGUCAUUUGAUCUGGACUGGUACAGAGACUGGCUGUACUGGGCUAACCAAACUGGCCACAUCCAACGCACCAGUCUAACUCAGGUCAAGACUGAGGUGGUCCCUACGCCUUUGCCAGUUUGUCUGAUAAAAGUAGACCAGAGGAGAGGGAACAUUUAUUGGGUGUCAUGCGAGCAAAACAGCAUUGGCACCACUACAGCCGACGGCCGAUACCCACAGCAGCUGUACCACACAACAAAGGAGAUUCGAGACCUGUAUCUGGACUGGCUGAGGGGUGGCAUCCUCUGGCUGGAGGAGGACCGAGUCCUCAGCAUGAGCAUGAUGGGAGGCAAAGCCAAAGAGCUGCUGCAGUUAGCAGGAGGAGUCAUGGGGAACAUCGCCUUCGACCUCAGGGCAAAUAGUCUGCUCUGGAACUCAAAAGGAGCAGGUCUGACAACGAUGAGUUUGCUGCAGGAAAAGAGCCAUCGAGCUGGUAGAAGAUGGAACAUUUCGGGCUCAGUCAUAGCUGCCUUUGAGCCCUUCCUGUUGACCCUCUCUGAUGAUGUGAUGAGACUGUGGGACCGGCGUGAUGGGAGCCUCAUACGAGAGAUGAUUGUGAGAGAUCAUGUGUUCAGUGUGAUCGCUGCAAUGACGGCCGUUCCUACAGUGCCCGAUACUCCAGUCUGCAAUGAGCCCUCUAUGCUGUGCCAACACACAUCAGUCUGCAUCUCACAAGCCCAGCUGUGUGACGGUAAAAAGGACUGUCCUGAUGGAGAUGAUGAGGAUGCUUGUGUAGCGACAUGUCCAUCUAAAGAUGAUUUCAAGUGCAAGGACUCAAGGAGUUGUAUCUCAAGGAGUCUGGUAUGUGAUGGUCGUUCUCAUUGUCGCGAUGGCUCAGAUGAGGUCAACUGUCCGACCAUAGCUUCUCCUGCAGCUCGGGCAAACGUCCUGAAGUGUCGCACGGGCUCGAAGCCAUGCAAAGACGGCACAGAGUGUGUUCUAUACGGCCACGUGUGUGAUGGGGAAAGGGACUGUCGGGAUGGAUCAGAUGAGGAUGAUUGUCCGACCACAGGUUCUCCUACAGCUCAGGCUAACACCCCAGAGUGCCGAACAGGCUCAAAGCCAUGUAAAGACGGCACUGAGUGUGUUUUAUACAGCCAUGUGUGUGACGGGGAAAGGGACUGUCGGGAUGGAUCAGAUGAGGUCGACUGUCGGACCGUAGCUUCUCCUGCAGCUCGGGUGAACAUCCUGAAGUGUCGCACAGGCUCGAAGCUGUGUAAAGACGGUACUGAGUGUGUUUUAUACAGCCAUGUGUGUGAUGGAGAAAAGGACUGUCGUGAUGGAUCAGAUGAAGAAGGAUGUGAUGCCACAGAAGAGACCAUGACUCCAACAAAACCAAACAAAAUGCCACCUGCCACCAAACCUCCUGCUCCAACUGUGCCGGCCUGCAGCAGCCCGUCUGUGCUCUGCCCCAAUUCUGCUGCUCACCUCUGCAUUUCUCCAAGCCAGUUUUGCAACGGGCGUAAAGAUUGUCCCGAUGGCUUUGAUGAGCAGAACUGCGUCAAAAGAUGCCCCUCUAAAAAUGACUUCCGCUGCAAAGACCGUAGGAGCUGCAUUUCCAAAGAUCUGGUUUGUGACGGCCGGUCUCAUUGCCAUGAUGGCUCAGAUGAGGUCAACUGUCCAAGUGCAAGUCCUCCUGCAGCUCGAGUUAACAUCAUAAAGUGUCGUAUGGGCUCCAAAAUGUGUCGAGAUGGGACAGAAUGUGUUCUCUUCAGUCACGUUUGUGACGGAGAGAGAGACUGCCGAGAUGGAUCAGAUGAAGAAGGAUGUGAAAAUCUCCACUUAAAUGAAUCUCCUGCACCAGUGGAGCCAUCUACUCAGCCUCCCUCCAAGCCGUCCUGCACCAGCCCUUCAUUUCUGUGUCCAGAUUCUUCUUUAUGCAUCAAGUCAACACAGAUAUGUGAUGGGAAGAGAGACUGCCCUGAUGGGUCUGAUGAGAACUGUGUGAAGAGAUGCCCUGACAAGACUGACUUUCGCUGCAAAGACCGCAGGAGCUGCAUCUCAAAGAGUCUGGUUUGUGACGGUCGCUCUCACUGCCACGAUGGCUCAGAUGAGGUCAACUGUGCAAGGGUAGCUCCCCCAGCAGCUCAAGCCAACAUCCUGAAGUGUCGUAUGGGCUCCAGACUGUGUAAAGAUGGGACAGAGUGUGUUCUCUUCAGUCAUGUUUGUGACGGAGAAAGAGACUGCCGGGACGGGUCAGAUGAAGAAGGAUGUGAUGCUGCAGAGGAUGCUCCUAUCACUGCUACAGAAAAUGUCAGCUUAAAUAAAACCCCUUCACCUGUCACACCCUUAACUGAGCCUCCCUCCAAGCUGUCCUGCAGCAGCCCUUCAUUUCAGUGCCCAGGCUCUUCUUUAUGCAUUAGACCAACACAGAUAUGUGAUGGGAAGAAAGACUGCCCCGAUGGCUCUGAUGAGAACUGUGUGAAGAGAUGCCCUGACAGAACUGACUUCCGCUGCAAAGACCACAGGAGCUGCGUCUCAAAGAGCCUGGUUUGUGACGGCCGCUCUCACUGCCACGAUGGCUCAGAUGAGGUCAACUGUCCGAGGGUUGCUCCGCCUGCAGCUCCAGCAAAUGUCUUAAAGUGCCGUGUGGGCGCAAAGCUGUGUAACGAUGGCACAGAGUGUGUUUUAUACAGCCACAUAUGUGACGGAGAGAGAGACUGCAGAGAUGGAUCGGAUGAACAGGGAUGCCCAGACACCUGCAAACAAGGUGAGUUUCAGUGCUCCCACGGGAACAUGUGCAUCCCUGAGACUGAGGUCUGUGAUGGCAAGUCGCAGUGUCGGGACCAGUCUGAUGAACUGGACUGCUGGAAACCAACCAAGAGCUGCGAGCAUCGAUGCGCCGACGGCAAGCGCUGCAUCCCAAAGACAUUCCUGUGUGACGGAGAGAGAGACUGCCUGGAUGGCACGGAUGAGGUGGGCUGCGACCCGGUUACUAUGGCAACAACAGAGUCUCCUAUUCCCCCUCCCGCACCGACUUGCAUCACUCCAUCAAUUCUCUGUCCAGGUUCAUCACUGUGUAUCUCUCAAAAUCAGCUGUGUGAUGGACAAAGAGACUGUCCUGAUGGAUUUGAUGAGAAUACAUGUGUGGUCCAAUGCAAAAAUCCAGGUGACUUCUUAUGCAGCGACCGGAGGAUGUGCGUCCCCAAGAAGGAAGUAUGUGACGGCCGUGCCCACUGUCCCGACGGCUCAGAUGAGAAGCAGUGUCAGUCAGCAGAUCGAACUGCUCCCACUUCCAACGAUGUGCCCAGUGCCAGAGCUGCCCCAAUAAGGUGCCGCAAAGGUUUCAAGCCAUGUAAAGAUGGCCUGGAGUGUGUUAUGUACAGCCACGUGUGUGACGGAGAGAGGGACUGCCCAGAUGGAUCAGACGAAGAGGGAUGUGCUGCUAAAUGCAAAGCAGAUGAGUUCCAGUGUGCUCACGGGAAUAGAUGCAUCCCACCAGUGAAGGUGUGUGACGGGGAGUACGACUGUCAGGACCGAUCUGAUGAAUUGGACUGUUCGAAACAAAUGGAGGGCUGCCAUCAUCGCUGCGAUAACAACACUCGCUGUAUACCAGACACCUUCCUGUGUGAUGGCGAGAGAGACUGUGCCGAUGGGUCAGAUGAAUCACAGUGUGGUUUGGUGCCUUGUGCCAUUAACCAGUAUCGCUGUAUGAGCGGUCAGUGUGUGUCUGAGGCUCUGAGAUGUGAUGGAUAUGCUGACUGCGGUGACCACUCUGAUGAGACGCAUUGCACAAGACCCCCGCGCUGCCCGUCACAGCUCCAGUGUCCACACAGCCAUGAAUGCCUUCAGAGAGAGUGGCUGUGUGAUGGUGAAGAAGACUGCAAAGACGGGUCAGACGAGAAGAACUGCGCGUCAUCACCGGCAAAGUGCAGGGAAUACCAGUGGCAGUGUGGAGACAGCAGUCAGUGCAUCCCUCUGUCAUGGAGGUGUGACGGGAAGAAGGACUGCCAAAAUGGUGUGGAUGAGGACAAAUGCGGCCAGAGAAAAUGCCCCUCUCACCUUUACCACUGUGGUAGCGGUGAGUGUCUGGACCCCCGCCUGGUGUGCAACAGCUUCACCAACUGUGCCGACAGUUCAGAUGAGGGCGCAGGAUGCGCUCGACGAAACUGCUCCAGCCCAUCAGCUCCCCGGUGUGACCACCACUGUGUCAGCACCCCAAAUGGACCGAGGUGUUACUGUGCUGCAGGUUUUAAACUACAGUCCAGUGCUUUGUCCUGUGUGGACAUUGACGAGUGCAAUGAAGUGCCUCAUGCUGUAUGCAAACACACCUGCCUGAACACCCGUGGGUCCUACGUCUGUAAUUGCCUCCCUGGCUUCUACCUGGAGCCUGACAACAAAAGCUGCAAGACCAAAGACGAGCCUUUGCUUCUGGCAUCAGUGCAGUCAGAGCUGUUACUACUGGGAGUCCACAGCAGCACCUUGCGUCUUCUGUCCUCUGCCAGUCGGCCAGUCUUUUCACUCGAUUAUCACUGGGCUCAGCAGAGAGUUUACUGGCUGAGCCCCGACUACCAGAGCAUCCGCUGGGCUGACAUGAAAGACUCAAACAGCAAAGGGACACUCAUCAAAGGAGUGAAAUCGGAUUUCAUCGCAGUGGACUGGGUUGGUAAGAACCUGUACUGGGUGGAUGGACUGGUGGGCCAGAUUCUGGCUGUGAAGCUCAGCGAUUCCACAGUGAGAUCUCAGGACUACACUGUGGUCCUGGGGGAAGAUCUGGAGCAGCCAAGCUCAUUGGUCCUGCUGCCACACAGAGGGAUGAUGCUUUGGUCUGAGAUCGGCAGCACCCCUCAGAUUGAGCGGUCCGGGAUGGACGGUUCAAAAAGGAAGGUGGUGGUGAGCCGAGGCUUGAGCUGGCCAGUCAGUCUGGCAUAUGACCUCCUGGACAACAGGGUGUACUGGGCAGAUGAGAAGCUGCGCUGCAUCGGUUCGGCCUCUCUGGAUGGAGAAAACGUCAAGAUCCUCCAGUUGGUUGAAACACCGAGCCCUUUCUCUGUGGCCGUCUUCAAUGACAGAGUCUUCUGGUCUGAUACGAAAAGAAGAACCAUCCGCUCAGCUGACAAGAACACUGGCAAAGAUCAAAAGGUUCUUCUGAAGAGACCAGGGCAGCCAUUUGGACUGAAACUGAUGCACACCCUGUCCCAGCCAGCCAUAUCCAGCCUCUGUGACCAGCUACACUGCUCCCACCUCUGCCUCCUGGCCCCGACGACGAGAGGCAAGUCUGGAGCACUGGGGUCACCAGGAAAUCCAGCGGAGCCAGGGCCUACGGCAGUGUGUCGAUGCCCAAAGGGGCUGCUACUUUCCAAGGACAAGAUUACCUGCUCUCCGCCUGUGGAUUCAACGUUCAUCCUGCUUUUGUCUCAUACCACAGUCUAUCAGAUUCACCUACACUCCAUGCAUCGUGAUGGUGUGGCUCUGAAAAGAAUGCCAAAUGGCAGAGAUUUGGCCUUGCCUGGUGUAACUAAGGCCUUGGGACUGGACGUGUCCAUCCGGGAGCUUUCUCUGUAUGUGGCUGAUGCAGGAAAAGGAUCUGUUGAUGUGCUGACACUGAGCAAGCCUGGGUCGGGACAGGGACUGACACCCUCUGGACAGAUCCUAAAGCUGGGGGAUGAUAUAAUCACAGCUCUGGCAGUUGACUGGGUGACCUCCAACCUCUAUUGGAGCAGCACUGAGAGGCCCGAUCUCCACGUGACCUCCCGAAAUGAUGGCUACACAAUCUCACUGCUGCAGGGAUCACUGACGGGCACCACAUCCAUUGCACUGCAUCCCCCCUCAGGACGGCUUUGCUACACAGCAAUAGGCGCAGCAGGUGGGAAGAGCCAGACAGAGGUGGACUGCACCUGGAUGGACGGCCGUAACAAAGUAGUGCUGUGGAGGAAGUCGAGCAUCCCCAACUCACUCGUCUUUUCCAAUCAAGGAACUAUGAUCUACUGGGCUGAUACAGGUGAAGGUGUAAUCAGCUCUAUUGGAGUGGAUGGAACAGGAUACAAACAGUACAAAACAGGGCCAGGCCUGCUCCUCUCCUUCACACAUACUGAGAACAUCCUCCUCUGGGUCACCCUGGAUAAAGAUGUAACCAAACUGUGGUUCAGUGACGGCCUCCAGCCUAACCAACUGUGGUUCGAGACGAAGAUCAGUGUGGUGGAAGUCAAAGCCUACAGCAAUGACACUCAGUCUGGAACUAACAGCUGCUUCAACAAAAAUGGUGGAUGUGGCCAACUGUGCCUGCCCUAUCCCGGAGGUCGCACAUGUAAAUGUGGCCGGGGCUUCUACGCUGCCAGCGCCACUUCCUGUUCCCCACUUCCCGACUGCCCCACUGGGGAAGAAUCCUGCUUUGAUGGUAGCAAGUGUAUCAGCAGCAGCAAGUUCUGUGACGGACAGGUGGACUGUCCGGACCAGUCAGAUGAACAGGACUGUCCAAACACAAACUCUGUGUCUUUCGGGACCAAGUCCAGUGAUGGCCGCCCAAACGCCCAGAAGAACUCUGUUCUUUCAGUUAAAAGAGGCUCCUGUGAUCUUCAACACUGCAACAAUCAUGGCAACUGCAUCAUAGAAGGCAAAGUGACUCGCUGCCAGUGUAUGGCUGGUUACAAGGGAGAGUUCUGUCAAGAGACAGAAACUGCAAAGAGUCAUGUGGGUGUGAUCCUGGGUGUCCUCUGCCUCCUCGCUGCAUUGGUGGCUGCUGGUUUUAUUUUUGUCAGAAGGCGAGGCUGGGAGUCGCUCAGAAACAGAUCCACGGAGAAAGAAAUUCUGAUGGCCAACAUGGGUCUGCCAUGUGAACACUACUCAGACUCUGAGGAGCUGGAUUCUCCGGUAGAUGUGAAGAAGCCAUCGCUGACGUUUAAGUCACUGCAGCUUCAGGAAAACUCUGAAGGCAGCAGACAUGGCGAGUAAUGUCUAAGGAUACAUUUCUGUGGUGCUUAAUGUAAAUAUGCUGAUGGAGACUGUCUUUUGAUGAAAUAAAA